UAUUUAUCAAAUAACACGUUGCUUUACAUAAACAACGGCCGAUUAGUUAAGUUAAUAACGCGCCGAGUAAUUUUUUGAUGCCAUAACAGGUUCUGAGGAGAUCAUUUCUCUGUGAGGAAGCUAGUUAACAUUAAAGCUAGCUCAAACAUGACAACCAGACAGAAGACGCUAGCCCAGGACAGACAGGUGAUUGUUGAGGCACUGGACACUAAAGCUCAGUCACUGGUGUUUGUCAAACGCAUGGUGGUUAUAGCUGUAUCCUCCAUCACCUAUCUGCGUGGGAUAUUUCCAGAGGACUCCUACAGAUCCAGAUACCUGGAAGAUUUGUGUAUCAAAGUCCUCAAACAGGAUUGUUCAUGCCCUGAAGCCCACAAACUCGUCAAAUGGCUGUUGGGAAGUUUUGAUGCAUUGGAGAAGAGAUAUCUUCAAAUGGUGAUCAUUGGGGUACACACAAGCCCAGAUGACAGUAAUCAUGUCAUCGAGUCCUACCAGUUUAAGUUCAGAUACUCAGAGUGUGGACCACAGAUGGACAUCCUGUGGAGUAACGCGACUGGGGACACAAGAGUGACCUUGGAGGACACAAAGAAAGCUUCAACGCUCCUGAUCAGGAAGCUGUUCCUCCUCAUGCAGAAUCUAGAGGCUUUGCCCACUGGCGUUUACCUCACUAUGAAACUCUACUACUAUGAUGAUGUCACUCCACCUGAGUAUGAGCCACCAGGAUUCAAGGCAGGUGUAAAUGACAGUCUGUGGUUCGAGGGAACUGCAGUGCACUUCAGAGUGGGCGAUAUUCAGUCUCGCUUCCACAGCAUGAAGUUGCGGGUGACGGCAGCACAGAGCCGGCUUGGGAAGCUGCUGGAGGGAGGCCAGUUGAGUGAGAACGACAUGGAGAUGGAGACACCCUCUCUCUCUCAAAUCAGAGCAGCAGAAACGGUGACCAGAAACUGUGAGCAGGACCUGCCCUCUGAAGAUGAAUCUAUCGCACAGUUCAAACAGCCCAAAAAAGCUAUAGCAAAGAGGAAGUGUGUCCGAAGCAAAGUCACAAGGAGGAAAAAGAAGAAAUGCUUUUGAAACCACAAGUUCACAUCAGACAAAAUGAGUUUUAAAG